GUCGGGAGGGAGGGAGGUUAGAGCGACUCAAUCAAUGGCAGGACCGCAGCCGACACUCGUCCACGGAGCGGAAUGAGAACAAAUCGGGGAUGGCAGAAAGACCUCCGACGGUGUUCAUGAAGCUGCUGGCCGCCGGAUUUUAUAGUUCCAGCUCGUUUUUCCUGGUGGUGGUGAACAAGAGUGUGCUCACCCACUACAGGUUCCCUUCGUCGAUAUGCGUCGGGAUUGGGCAAAUGUUGGCCACGGUGAUUGUCCUGUGGGUGGGCAAGGCUGCGAGGGUGAUCAGCUUCCCAGACUUCGACAAGAAAGUACCACGCAAGACGUUUCCUCUACCUCUCCUCUAUGUGGGCAAUCAAAUUACUGGUCUGUGUGGAACCAAAUCCCUCAAUUUGCCCAUGUUCACUGUCCUCAGGAGGUUCUCCAUCCUAUUCACGAUGCUGGCCGAGAGAUUUCUGCUCAAGAGAAAAUUCUCCAAGUCCAUCCAGCUGACAGUAUUUGCAAUGAUCCUCGGGGCCUUCAUAGCUGCAAGCGCUGACAUGUCCUUUGACAUGCAAGGCUACGUCUUCAUCUUCCUCAACAACGUGCUCACCGCCGCCAACGGUGCUUAUGUGAAGCAGAAAUUGGAUGCAAAGGAGCUGGGCAAAUACGGUUUGCUGUAUUAUAACGCACUAUUUAUGAUCCUGCCCACUGUGAUGUUGGCUCACAUGACCGGCGACAUACAGAAGGCUAUGGCUUUCAAUGGCUGGUCAGAUGCUUUGUUCCUCACACUGUUCCUCCUCUCUUGCAUCAUGGGGUUUGUUCUCAUGUACUCCACAGUGUUGUGUACACAGUAUAACUCUGCGUUGACCACCGCCAUCGUUGGAUGCAUCAAGAAUGUGCUGGUGACGUAUAUCGGCAUGGUGUUAAUCGGGGACUACGUCUUCUCCUGGACUAACUUCAUAGGUGUGAACAUCAGCAUCGUGGCCAGCUUGGUGUACUCCUACAUCAGUCUGCGAGAGGAGCAGCCCAACAAGGCCAGCGAAAGCCCCAAAAUGGAAAUCAAGGGCAAGAUGGUCGUAUGACACUGGUUCCUCUUUUGCUUUUGUAUGACAAUGUACAGCUAAAGUCUUUUUAUUUUGUAUUUAUGACUCCAAGCAAGGUGACUGAUAGUUGUCGUGUGGCUGCCAUGGUUACCAGAUUGUUGUUUUUUUUUCCUUUUAAAGAGAUGCUAUUUUCUUGACGUCUGUAUUUUUUUAAUACGGCCAGUGUUGAAAAAGGGAUGAAUAUUUAUGAGGUUUGUGCGGAAUGUGGAUGAUCUUCCUAGCUGUUUACAUGAAUGUGAGGGCUGAAAUAUACUCUCUCGCUCGUCUUCUCGCCCCCGCACCGACAGGACUAACUGCCAAUCACGGCGCCAAAAGAAUUCGUAACUACCCUUUUCAUCGGGUUCUGGAAAAACCUGCUCCCCGCAAGAACUCACGCACCUGCGUAUGAAUCCAGGCCAGGUUAGGUCCUUACACUUCAUGCCGAUAUUAGUGUAUUUUUUGUUUGUAGGAACUUUGGCUGUUAUUAAGGCAGCGUCAGAAAGCCUUGACACUAAUAAUGAACUCAAUAUUUGUCUACACUAAAUGGAUAACAGUUACGUAUCCAACCCACUCAAGGAACAGGGGCCAAAUCUUGCCCACGGCGUCAUUUAACCUCUUAUGGCACACACUGUUUGUUUACAUGCUUUUUUUAUUUCUCUUUAUUUGGACUUAUUGGACCCUUAUUAGAAUAAAAACUAAGAAUCAUAUUUUGAUAUGAUGUACUUAGUCCAUAAGUACACAAAUGUGUACUUCAUGCUAAUUCUAAUAUUUACAAAAAAAAAAAUUACACCACCAGAUGGCAGUAUAAGUGUCCACAUAUGUGGCCAUAAGACCCCAAUUCAGUAGUGUACACAAUUUUGGAAAUAUGAGCUAAAAAAGGUGCUGUUCACGCAUGUGGCCACUAAGGCCUUUAGAUUAAAGUGGCCCGCCGCGUCAUUGUAUGUAGGCCGCCAUAUCCUCUUAAUGAGGGCCCGCCCCUUAAUUGUAGAGUGACUGUUGUUGCUACAUUAGAAAUAUGUAGCCUGCCACAUCGUUUUACUAAGUCAUUUAUGUGGCCAGCCACUCCAUUUUAAUGUGCCCCGCUACAUUAUCCUAAACACAUUAUUUUAUGCAGCUCUCGAUGUCAUUUAAUAGUGGCCCGUCCCUUCAUUUUAUAAUGGCAUGCUAUAUAAUUCCAAUGUGGUCUUUUUGCGUAAUUUUAUGUGGUCUGUUAAGUCAUUUACCAGCCACAUAUUUUAACGUGGACAGCCACACCAUUUAAAUGUGUGCCCCACUACAUCAUUCUAAAGUGGCCCGACAAAUAUUUUUUAUAUAGACCGCGAUAUCAUUUUAUAUUGGCCCUUCUCCUAACUUUUUUUUGGCAUGCUACACAAUUCUAAUUUGACCCGCUAAGUCAUUUAUGUGACCAGCCAUGUAUUUUUAAGGUGGCCCUCCACACCAUUUAAAUGUGCCCUGACAAAUAAUUUUAUGCAUGCCUCGAUAUCAUUUAAUAGUGGCCCGUCUCUUAAUUUUAUAAUGGCAUGCAACAUAAUUCCAAUUCGCGUCAUUUUUUGUGGUCUGUUAAGUCAUUUACCAGCCACAUAUUUUAACGUGACCAGCCAAAUAAUUUUAAUCGUGGCCAGCCACACCACUUGAUUAUGCCCCACUACAUAAUUCUAAUGUUGUCCGACACAGUUUUAUGUAGGCCACGAUAUAAUUUUAUAGUGGACCGUCCCUUCAUUUUAUAGUGGCAUGCUACAUCAUUCUAAUGUGACCCGCCCACGUCAUUUUAUGUGGUCCGCUAAGUCACUUACUGUAUGUGACCAGCCACUUCUUUUUUAAUAUGACCCUCCACACCAUUUAAAUGUGCCCCGCUAACGUGGCCCGACACAUAUUUUUAUGUAGACCGCGAUAUAAUUUUAUUGUGGCCCGUCACAUAAUUCAAAUGUAGCCCGCUAAGUCAUGUAUGUGACCAGCCACAAUUUUUUUUAAGUGGCCCUCCACACCAUUUAAAUGUGCCCCACUAAAUGAUUCCAACGUGGCCCGACAUUUUAAUGCAGACUGCGAUAUCAUUUUACUAUGGACCGUCCCUUAAUUUUAUCGUGGCAUGUUACAUAAUUCUAACCUGGCCUCUACUUCAUUUUAAGUGGCCCGCCACACCGUUUAAACGUGACGCGCUAAAUAAUUUUAAUGAGGCCUGACAUUUUUUUAUGUAGACCACGAUAUAAUUUUAUCGUGGCAUGCUAAGUCAUUUAUGUGACCAGCCACAUAUGUUUAAUGUGACCAGCCCAAUAAUUUUGUAAUGGCCAGCCACACCAUUUUAAUGUGCCCAACUACAUCAUUCUAAUGUGGCCUGACACAUAAUUUUAUGUAGGCCGUGAUAUCAUUUUAUGUUAGCCCAUCCCUUAAUUUUAUCGUGGCAUGCUACAUAAUUAUAAUAUCGCCUGCCACAUAAUUUUACUGUGGUCCGUCAUUUAUGUGACCUGCAAAAUAUUUGUAAUGUGGCCCGCUAAAUCAUUCUAGUGUGGCCCGAAACAUAAUUUUAUGUCGGCCGUGAUAUCAUUUUAUAGUGGCCCGUCCCUUCAUUUAAUUUGGCAUGGUACAUAAUUCUAAUUUGGCCUGCCACAUCAUUUAUGUGGCCAGUCACAGCAUUUAAACGUGACCCGCUACAUCAUUCUAAUGUGGCCCGACACAUAUUUUUAUGUAGACCACAAUAUACUUUUAUAGUGGCCCGUCCAUUAAUUUAAUCGUGGCAUGCUAAGUCAUUUAUGUGGCCAGCCACGUAUUUUUAAUGUUACCAGCCAAAUAAUUUUACUGUGGCAAGGCACACCAUUUGAUUGUGCCCCGCUACAUCUUUUAUCGUGGCCCGUACCUAAUUUAUGUAGGCCACAAUAUCAUUUUAUAGUGGCCCGUUCCUUCAUUUAAUCAUGGCAUGCUACAUAAGUAUGUCACCAGCCACAUAUUUUUAGUACGACCAGCCAAAUAAUUUUAUCUUGGCCAGGCACACCAUUUGAUUGUACAUAAUUUAUUGUAGCCUUUCCCUUAACUUUUUUGUUGCACACUACAAAAAUCUAACGUGGCUCGCCAAGUCAUUUUAUGUCUGCUACGCAUUUAGUGACCAGUCACUUCUUUUUAAUAGAGGCCGACACAUACAUUUAUGUAGGCCGCUAUAUAUUUUUAUUUCGGCUCGUCGUAAACAAUAAAAACAGUUGCCUUUGCAAGUUAUGUAACAAAGCUAUUCUACAUGUGUAAAUAUUUAAAGUGGCCCUCUGAAAGCAGCCAUGAUAAAAUAAACUGAGUUUCAUAGCCCUGAUCAAGCCUCCUAUUAGACUGUUUAAUUACAAAUGACUUGAUGACGUCACCUUCAAGCCACCCAACUUGAAUAAUGAAAACAUAAUCGUCAUUAUUUUGGCCUAAAUCGCACUACUCUCUUUUUAACCUUUAUUGCUUCAGGUUGAAUUCCAACACACUUUAUGUUCCCAAGUCUGGACAUCAGUUACUCAUCAACACUGUUUUCAGUCACAUCGCCAAAUAAAUAGCAUUGCAAGUUCCCUCCGUCCUCUGCUGCCCCUCAGUGUUCUAGAAGUGAACUGCAAGCAAGACGGCAUGAGAGUGUUUUCCAGCCUUAACAUGUGAUGCCUUCAAUGUCACCUUUAAUAGUCGGUUACUUUGUGUUUGCACUGUCAAACAUGGCUUUAUCUUGGGGAAACGGUACAAUUAGUUUGUGUGUGUGUGUGUGUGUGUGCCCUCGAUGCAGUUCUGGUACUUUGUGCUACACAGCACUUUUUUCAGAGCAGCCUGCCUCACUCACCUUUAAUUUAUUUUAUUUUUUUCACGUUCAUAAUAUUCUGGUACAAGUUCUACAACUUUUUGUCCAAGUUGAUUGGAGUUCCGUGUAAACGUGUGACACGCCAGUGAAGGAUUAGAAAUGUGAUGAGCACAUGUUUCUAAUAAUAAAAAAAAAAAAGAUUAAAAGA